CCGUGUGGGGUAAGAAUCCGCACGCAAGUAAUGGAGACACAUUCAAUAUUAUUCAUCCACCACGACAUGACUCGGUCAGUAUGUUGCAGAAGCGGCAGCAGUGAAAACACGUGUUUUGUGCGACGUCAAUUUUGAUAAUUAUGCGGACUUACAAAAGAAAAAAAGAAAACCUGAAGCCAUUGACUAAGGUUCUACUAAGACAGGCUAGAGAGAUGAAAGAGAGAGGCAUAUCAAUCAGAGAAAUAGGAAGAACCCUUGCCUAUGAUGAAUCUACAAUUCGAAAAAGGCUGAAAGCUGGCAGCGGUGAACCUGAGGGCAAUAACGAAGCAGAAGAACCCAUUGAAGAGGCAGAUAAUCUUCCCGAUAGAGCUAAUGUUUUAAGUGAACCGGAAUCUCCAAAACCUGGAUGUUCUCGAGAAUACGAAUCUCAAGUAUCGAAAUGUUUGAAAGAAAAUAAUAAUCAGUUUUCUGUUACGGUACCUUCAGAUAUCAUUCCUUUGCCGAUACUUACGAAAAAGAGAAAACGAACAAGAAAAGGACUGAAAUCUACUCUUCUUACUUCAACACCAAACAAAGAGGAACUGGAAAAUAUAGAACAGCAAAAGAGAAGAAAAAUUGAAGAGAAAGAAAUAAAGGCAAGCAUCAAGAGAAAUAAAACAAUUAUAAAAAAAGUGUUUGACGAAAAAGAAAAUUCCCUAAAAAAAAAUGAAUAUCAAUCCUCCUCUGAAUCAGAGGCGCAAUUUUCACUUCACGAUAGCAGCAGCGAUAUGAAUUUUUCAGAAAGUGAUGCAGAAUCAAACAGUGGCCCACCUGGGUAUACUUCAGGGGAGUUUGCUGUAGUAAAGGUUUGUGGAAAAACGAAAGAUUCAUUUCGACUUUACGUAAUCAGAAUAAUUGCAAUGAUGGACGAUGGUUGCAAUGGAAUUUAUUAUAAAAGGGUACCUAAUACAAAGCGUUUUUUGGAAACCGAAGAAGAGUUUUUUGUCAACCGAGCCGACAUUGUCAGGAAACUCUCAAAGCCAUUGCCAGGCAGUUCUGCGAGAUUUAAGGACUUUGUUAGUUUUUCUACCGACUUAAGUGAUUUAAUGUUGCAUUAGCGUUGUAUUU